AUGCCUUCAGGAAAACCAUCGGUGAGGCACCCGAGCCACAGCCAUCCGUUGCGCGGCCACAAAGCCCAAGUUGAAGAAGAGAUCAUCUGCUCUGGCUGCGACCUAGACGUGGUAGGUGCAGCAUUCAAGUGCACAAAGUCGGACUGCGAUUACUUCUUGCACAAGUCAUGUUUCGACCUUCCUCGUGAGACCCGUCACAAGUCUCACCCGGAUCACCCUUUGACCCUACUGUAUUCCCCAACUUAUGAGUCGUCAGCUUACUCGUGUGACGCGUGCGGUGAGGAUGGAUCAGGGUUCGCUUACAACUGCUCUAUCUGCAAAUGGGAUUUGCAUGUCGGAUGUGCAUUUAUGCCUGAGUUGGUGGAGCGUGAAGGACACGCGCAUCCGCUCAAAUUGCUCUACGGUACUCCUUGCAAGAACGGUUCGGUCUUCAGCUGCGAUGUUUGUCAAGAAACUAUGCCGGAUAAUCUAUGGUUGUAUUACUGCAAGAAAUGUGAUUAUGGAACGCAUUUACAUUCUUGCGCGGUGGAGGAAAAGGAAGAGCCCAAGAGAGGAGGAGGAAACGGAAGAGGAAGUACUAGUAAUGGUGGGAAUAAAGGAGGAAGGGGCUCGGCAGCUUCGGAGUUAGCUGCAAUGUUGAAAGCUCAGAGGGAUAUGGAGAAGAUGCAGAUUGAGUUACAUUUGCAGAUGCAGAGAGCUAAGAUUGAUAAGAAAUCGAGAAAAUCGAUUCUCAACUCCAUCUAG